GGCCGGCAUGGCCUCGCUGCACCUGCACCUGUGCCUCACUGCCCUGGGCUGCUGCAUGGCUCAGCAGCCCAGCUCCUUCCCGCUGCUCAAUGCCACCGAGCUCCUGUCCCCCGCCGAGGGCAGAGCCAUGGGCCUGCCAUGGGGCGCAGGGGUGCCCCGAGGCCGUCGGAAGCGCUACCUCUCCCCCCACGACGUGGGUCUAGUUUUGGACUAUCACAACCAAGUGCGGGCACAGGUGUCGCCCCCGGCUGCCAACAUGGAGUACAUGGUGUGGGAUGAGCAGCUGGCCAGGGCAGCAGAGGCAUGGGCUGCACGCUGCCUGUGGGAUCACGGGCCCCCCCAGCUGAUUAAACACGUGGGGCAGAACCUCUGCAUCCAGUCGGGCAGGCAGCGCUCCGUGGUGGACAUGGUGAGGUCGUGGCACCAGGAGAAGCAGCACUACUCCUUCCCCCACCCCCGUGAGUGCAGCCCCCGAUGCCCCUCCAAAUGCAGCGGCUCUGUCUGCAGCCACUACACACAGAUGGUGUGGGCAUCCUCCAGCCGCCUGGGCUGUGCCCUCAGCAGCUGCACCAACAUACAGGUGUGGGGCAGCACAUGGCGGCAUGCCACCCUCCUCGUCUGCAACUACGCCAUCAAGGGCAACUGGCUGGGAGAAGCGCCAUACAAGGUGGGGCGGCCAUGCUCAGCCUGCCCCCCCGCCUAUGGUGGGGGCUGCUCCAACAACAUGUGCUUCACCGGACUCAGAUCCAACCAAGUCAGCUGGUUCUAGGGCUGCAGCCCCACGAGGAGCCCCCAGGCACGGGGAGGAGUGAACCAGAAUUAUUUAUAAUACCAACCCCCUGGCCCAAGUGCCCAACCUGCUUCACCCCUCCUGCUGCUAGGAAACAGCUUUUGUAGUGCACCCCUCCCACAGCACUCGCCCUGCCUGCCAGCCUGCCAGCCAAUCUGGGGGAAUAAGGAUGCUUCAGAUCCCUGCUUCCUGAAAUAGGGAUGGUCUGGGGGUGCACAGGAGGAGCAAGGCUGACUGGUGUGCUCCCUGCUCUGCAGGCUCAGGGAGCUCACUGCCCCCCACCCAUGCUGUGGCAGAAACUGAGGCCAGUCAGAUGCUCCUGCCACAGCAAGUGGGAGGAGAACUGGGGAGCUCUGAGUGUGCUCCUGCUUCACAGCAGCCCUUCCUGCCACGGGGCCCCCCAAUAAAGUAGCCUGGAGACCCCCACGUCGUGUCGCUCCUCCCUCGCUCACAGCUUUGUACACCAAGCAGCUACCUUGUUCUGGGGUUCGGGGCGAGCAGCCACAGGGUGCAGGAACCACAGAAUCAUGAAGGCUGGAAAAGACCUUUAAGAUCAUCAAGUCCAACCAUAGCAGCCACUACACUGAAGCAUCAGCACCUG